AUGUGUGGUAUCCUAUUACGAGUUGCAAACAGUUUCAUCACACCAAGAGACAUCAACCUUACCGAAAAUAAAAAAGGUUUUUGCUUUGAAUGGGAUACCAAAGAUCCACAAGUUAUUGAAAAGUUUUUACAAGAAGGUGCCCAUGUGGGGGAAUUGACACAACAACAACAGACUAAAUUGGACAAUUUGGAUGUGUUGCGCUCGCUAGUUGGCCAGCUUGGCAAAAUCAAGAACAACGUUAAAAUCUCUGCGCUGGAAAAGGUGCAGCAGGUGUCGGCCAUUCAAUGUAGAAUCGAUGCCAUAGGGAAAGAAGAUGAGACGCCGAUGAGGGAGUUUGACUUUGAUCGGUUGAUUUGCGCUGUUGCCAACAGGGGUCCAAAUUAUCUAAAUUGUACCCAAUUUGAACGAGGUGGCAAGAAAAUUCAAUUGUUUACCUCGAUUUUGUCCUUACGACAACCAUUCACUAAACAACCGGUCUUUGGAGAUGAGUUCGUAUUGCAAUUCAAUGGUGAGUUGUAUAAUCAGGCAUGCCUUGAUGGUAAUGACACCCUGUUAAUAAUGGACAUGCUACAUUCGAAUUUAGGAGCAAGUAGAUGUGAGACGAUAAUGACUACUUUGAGACAACUUAAUGGCGAAUGGGCAAUAACCAUUAUUGACUUGUUGGAGAAUAAAGUAUACUUUGGCCGAGAUCUGAUUGGGAAACGUUCACUAUGCUACAAAAAAAUCAAUGGUGAGAUCAUUGUAAGCUCAAACUCUGCUGUGGGAUUUCAAGAGUGUCGAAAUGAGAUAUACGUAUACGAUAUGGGUACAGAUGAUAUUGAAACUUACAAAAUACAUGAAUUGCCUACAUCAUUAACAACGACCGCUAGCGAGGAGAUAGUGCUACAUGAAUUGUAUACCAGAUUGUUGGAAGCAACGAGAAUACGACACGACACCAUACAUCCAUUAAAAAACCCCAAUGAUAGCUCAUUGGCAGUUUUAUUCAGUGGUGGAUUAGAUUGCACGAUAAUUGCUAGGUUUCUUUGCGAGGUGACCAAAGACAAGUCAUCUAUUGAUCUUUUAACUGUUGGAUUUGAGAACCCUCGUACUGGUCAAACUCCUGAAUCGAGUCCAGAUAGAAAGCUAGCAACCAAGUCUUGGUUUCAUUUGUGUAAGAUGUUUCCCGAUUUGAAGUUAAACUUGGUGGAGAUAAAUGUCGAUUACAAGCACUGGCUUAGACACAAAUACCGUGUACGUGAACUCAUGUAUCCCUGCAACACGGAAAUGGACUUGUCCAUAGCCAUUGCGUUUUAUUUUGCCUCUUCAACAAUGCCUCAAUUAACAUCGAUGAAAGCGUUGAGAAAUUAUGAUAUUGAUUGGGACACAUACACCCAGAACCCAGAAGCUUACACUCACCACAUAUUAUAUUACACCUCUUCAGCAAGGGUGUUGUUUAGUGGACUAGGGGCCGAUGAAUUGUUUGCGGGCUAUUCAAGACACGAAGGUUUGUUCAACACCAUUACUUCUAAAAACUAUCAUGAGCUAGAGGAAUCAUUGAAUCAUGACAUCAGAGUUAUUCACGAAAGAAACCUCGGCCGAGAUGAUAGGGUCAUGAGUUGCUGGGGUAAGGAGCUAAGAUACCCAUAUUUAGAUGAAGAUUUCAUAAAUUGGGUCAUCUCAAGUGUGCCCCCACAAUUUAAGUUCAAGUAUGAGAUUGGUAUGAAUAAACGUGGAAAUGAGAAAAUCAUUCCCACAAGGAAGUACAUACUACGUCAAUUAGCUGAACAGCUCGGGAUGUCGUGGGUUUCGCAAGAACUGAAAAGAGCAAUUCAAUUUGGAGCUAAAAGUGCCAAAUUAGAGCUUGGACAAAGUAAGGCCAAAGGUACUGACAGUUUAUAA